AUGGGCGGAGCAACACCUCUGGCAGGGCAGAUCCAUGCUUCCCCCGCUCAUGUGUGUCAAGCUGUCGCUAAAGUGAAGCUGAAGUAUGUCAGCUUCAAAGUAUGACCGUCAAAAUCUGCAGAGGCGGCCUGUGACAUCCUCUCCCAGCUGGUGAACUGCAACAUUAAGACCCUGGGGUUGAUUUCCACAGCACGGCCCAGCUUCAUGGAUGUUUCUCAGGCCCACUUUGCAUCUGCACUGACAGUAGUGUUUGUCAACUCCAAGUCCCUGUUCAUCGAGAUUGAUGACACGCUGGUUGACGACCCGUCCUUGAAGGUGCUCGUUGCCACAAACAGCGACACCCUGAAGUUGCUGAAGAUCAACAGCUGUCCUCAGGUCUCCCCAGCAGGUAUCCUGUGGGUUGCGGAUCAGUGCCAUGGACUCAGUGAGCUGGCGUUAAACUACCAUCUCCUGAGCGACAAGCUCCUUCUGGACCUCUCUUCUGAAAAACAUGACCAUUUGGAGCAGCUGCGCAUCGACGUGGUGAGCGAAAACCCUGCGCAGACACAAUUUCACACGAUCCAAAGAAACAGCUGGGAGGCUUUAGUGCGACACUCACCUAUGGUCAACAUCUUUAUGUACUUCUACCUCUAUGAGUUGGAGUUUGAGCCCUUCUUCCGCGACAAGAUUCCAGUCACCCACUUAUACUUUGGCCGGGCAGUCAGUGAAGAGAUGCUGGGCCGCAUCAUACUGAACUACCCUCGGCUGGUGGAGCUGGUGGUGUGUGCCAACAGUCUUAAACCCCUGGAUGAGGAGCUGAUCCGUAUUGCUGAACGCUGCAAAUGCCUUACUGCCAUUGGGCUAGGCAAGUGUGAAGUGACAUGCAGCGGCUUUGGGGAGCUUGUAAAGAUGUGGGGCCGGCUGACUCAGCUGUCCAUCAUGGAAGAGGUGUUGAUCCCAGACAACAGCUACAACAUGGAGCAGAUCCACAGUGAGGUGUCCAAGCACCUGGGCCACAUGUGGUUCCCUGAUAUGAUGCCCACCUGGUAG